ACACGAUUCUGUCGAUUGAGCUUUUGUCCGUGAGCGUCUUGAACAUUGUCCUCUGAAUUUUGUUUGGAUUCUGUUUUGUUUUCGGGAAUUUUUGGUCAACUUUUUAUCAAUAAAAUGGGUGGUCAUGAUCAUGGCAAUAAAGUACAAAAAACUUCGAUUUCAGAAGAAGAAAUUCGUAAAAUUUUAACACGAGCAAAAGCUCAGAUACCAUCAGAAUCACCGAAAUUUGCUCAUAGUCCAAGUUCAGGUGUUUUACAUACAUCGAUCGAAGGUGCUUUCAGUAAUGAACGUGCUCGUCUUGGUCCAACAUUUACCGAAACUGAUCGUCAAUGGCGUAUAAAAUAUCUAGAAUCACAAAAUCUUCAUCCAGCUGAACCAUUUGAAGUUCCAGAACUUUCAAAAGUUCAUUACAAUCCAAUUCGACGUUUUUAUCGUUGGCCAUUAGAUCAAUUGGAAAAAUUUCUUCGAAAUCACAUGCAAACACAUAAUGCUGUUUUUACAAGAAAAAUUAUCGGUGGAACAUUGAUCGGUUAUUUUACUUUACUAACAAUAUGGUAUCAAUUAAAUUAUAAUGUACCAAAUUGGGAAUAUAAAAAAGGUUAUCGUAUAUUUUAUACACGUGAAGCUGUAAUGCCUGGUGAUUCACGUUGGCCAAUGCCUAAUCCACGUAAAGAAUCAUGGCAACAUUAUGAUUUAGAUUUUCAUUAUCGUAAUGCUUUACGAAAUGAUCCAAAAUAGAUUUUUCUGAAAAAGCAACGAAACAAAAAAAACUAACAAAUUUUAGUUCAUAUUUGUUUGUUUGUACAUGAAGAAAUGUCCCAAAAAUGAUUAUC